GAGGGGGCACAGUAAGCAAGAGUCAGCCUGACAGACUCAUUCAGUCGGUCCUAACGCUGCACAACGGAUAUGUAGUUUCUCUGCCCUUUAUUCCGCACCUCAGCAAUGGAAGUAGUGAACAAAACAAUCUUCCAAAGGCAGAUGCAUCAUCAAAUGAGAGACAUUUUCCAAACAAUAAUAGAGGAGUCCAUUGAACUGGUCAAGAGGAAAUAGACCUGCAAGAUGGCAUCUUUUGGGCUUCCUAUGCAGCUGUUGGUGGUGUUUGGGCUUCUUUGCCUGGUUGAGGGCUCAGCAUUCCUCUCAAGUCAUCGACUAAAAGCGAGAUAUCAGCGUGACCGCCGGAAUAUUCGACCAAACAUCAUAUUGGUCCUCACAGAUGACCAGGACAUUGAGCUAGGGUCAAUGCAGGCCAUGAAUAAAACACGACGGAUCAUGGAGCAAGGUGGGACCCACUUUAUCAAUGCAUUCGUGACCACGCCAAUGUGCUGUCCUUCUCGUUCUUCAAUGCUGACAGGGAAGUAUGUGCACAACCACAACACUUAUACCAACAAUGAGAACUGCUCAUCUCCAUCCUGGCAGGCACAGCAUGAACCUCAUACUUUUGCAGUGUACCUCAACCAGACCGGCUACCGCACAGCUUUUUUUGGAAAGUACCUCAAUGAGUACAACGGCUCCUACAUCCCACCUGGCUGGAAGGAGUGGGUGGGGUUGGUGAAAAAUUCCCGUUUUUACAAUUACACAUUGUGCAGAAAUGGACUACGAGAGAAGCAUGGGUUUGACUACUCCAAGGAUUACCUGACCGAUCUCAUCACAAAUGACAGCAUAAACUACUUCCGCAUGUCAAAGAAAAUGUACCCACAUCGUCCCAUUAUGAUGGUGAUCAGUCAUGCUGCGCCCCAUGGUCCAGAGGACUCUGCUCCACAGUAUUCAAGUGCCUUUCCCAAUGCCUCGCAACACAUCACUCCAAGCUACAACUACGCGCCCAAUCCAGACAAGCACUGGAUCAUGAGGUACACUGGUCCUAUGAAACCCAUCCAUAUGGAAUUCACCAACUUGUUGCAGAGGAAGCGAUUGCAGACGCUACUGUCUGUAGAUGACUCCUUAGAAAAGGUGUAUAAUAUGCUAGUGGAAAUUGGAGAGUUGGAGAACACGUAUCUAAUUUAUACUGCAGACCAUGGCUAUCACAUCGGACAGUUUGGGCUAGUCAAGGGGAAAUCAAUGCCCUAUGAGUUUGACAUCAGAGUGCCCUUUUAUAUCAGAGGGCCCAACGUGGAAGGAAGCGCCAUAAAUCCUCACAUCGUGCUGAACAUUGACCUAGCGCCUACCAUUCUGGACAUUGCUGGGCUGGACAUUCCAUCUGACAUGGACGGAAAAUCAAUCCUUAAACUAUUGGACAAUGAACAUCAAGUGAAUAGGUUACAAUUUAACAAGAAGGGAAAGGUCUGGAGAGACUCAUUCCUUGUUGAAAGAGGAAAACUGUUACACAAGAGAAAUGAUGAAAAGGUGGAUUCACAAGUGGAGAACUUCCUUCCCAAGUACCAGCGGGUCAAGGACCUCUGUCAACGAGCCGAGUACCAAACCCCCUGUGAACAACUUGGGCAGAAAUGGCAAUGUGUGGAAGAUGCUACUGGGAAACUAAGGCUUCACAAGUGCAAAGGGUUGAGCAGUAUAGCAUUAGUGGGUAAGCAGGGAGUGGAAAGCAACAAGUCAAAAUAUUAUGGGAGGAACUAUGACGACUGUGACUGUGAAACAUCAGAUUACCGCCUGAGCCAUGUCAAGAGAAAGAAACUUCUUGUAAAAAAGAAAAUGAAAGCAAACAAGAGUUAUGCCCGUAACCGCUCUACCCGAUCUGUGUCAGUGGAGAUUGGAGGCCGCUUGUACAGUCUGGACUUAGAGGAUGAAUAUCAGCCUGUUGUGCCAAAAAACAUCAGUAAACGAUAUUACCUGCAAGAAGAGGGCGAUGAUGAGGAAGAGUUUAGUGGAAUGGGAAGCACUACCAAAUCAAGGAGCACAAAUGAACUAAUGGUUCCCACUUCCAUCAAAGUUACCCACAGGUGCUACAUUCUGGCCAAUGAUACUGUAAAGUGUGACACAGACCUCUAUAAGUCUCUGCAGGCUUGGAAAGACCACAAACUUCACAUUGACCAUGAGAUUGAAACUCUGCAGACAAAGAUCAAGAAUCUGAGAGAGGUUAGGGGUCACCUCAAGAAGGCCAGGCCAGAGGAGUGUAACUGCAGCAGAUUUAGCUAUCACACAAAGCAUAAAGGCAAGAUGAAACACAAAGGAGGAGGCCUGCACCCUUUUAGGAAGGGAAUGCAAGAGAAAGAUAAGAAGCUGUGGCUGCUGAAGGAGCAACGCAGAAAGAAGAAACUGCGUAAACUGCUGAAGAGGCUUAGAAACAACGACACAUGCAGUAUGCCUGGCCUCACCUGCUUCACACAUGACAACCAGCAUUGGCAGACUGCUCCCUUCUGGACAUUGGGUCCAUUCUGCGCCUGCACAAGUGCUAACAACAACACUUACUGGUGUAUGAGGACUAUCAAUGAGACACACAACUUCCUGUUCUGUGAGUUUGCAACUGGUUUCCUUGAGUACUUUGAUCUCAACACAGAUCCCUACCAGCUAAUUAACAUGGUGAACACCCUGGAUCGGGAUGUUUUGAACCAGCUCCACGUUCAGCUAAUGGAACUGCGUAGCUGCAAAGGGCACAAACAAUGCAACCCACGUACAAGGAAUAUGGAAAUUGGAAAUAAAGAUGGAAGAAGCUUUUACGAAUACAGGCAGUAUCAGCGUCGUAAGUGGCCAAAAAUAAGGAAGCCCGCUCCCAAACCCUUGGGCCAGAUAUGGGAUGGAUGGGAGGGGUAGCAUUAAGGAGCACCUUCACUUUGGACUGACAGGGGAAACUGACUGGUUAGAACCUAAAAUUCCAUAUGCCCUUGACAAAAACGAAUAAGACUUUAGACUAAAUAUUAACAUUAGCCUGGAGGACUGGAUCAGUUUCAAGGCUGCUGUAGAUAGAAUAUUUGCACUUUUGGGCAAUUUUAAUAAAGGAUAUAGUCAGCACCCUGGUUUUGCCUACAAAAGCACAGAAAAGGGUCGGGGUCAGCAUCAACAAAGUCCAUCUGCUGCUGUUGUAUAUCCAACUAACGCAUCUACCCAGGCCUUCUCCCUGCAAAAAACUACUGUGGAAGUAUUGAGGAAAAAGUUUGACUUGUGUGAGAUGUAAAUGCUUCUGCAGCUGCUGAAAAAUGGGGACACCACUUUGAAAUGGACUAAUUUACAUAUGAAAAAUCAAGAGGAAGUUUGUGGUUCUAUAAAAGAAGACCCAUUAAACAGAUUUCUGUUAUAUCUUUCUGUUCCUUUCACCAUGGAGACCAAACAAGAGCUGUCCAACAAUGAAUGAUGACUCUUGAACCCCCAUCAAACCAUUUACCCAGCAAAAAAAUCAAAAUAGCCAUUUGUAAUGAAAUGUAACUGAAUCACAAACUGCAGUUAUGAAAAACAGCAUCAUAAAGCCAACUUACAUGAAGAAACUCAGAAUGGAUGGAAUAACUGGAAGAGCACAGAUUUUUUUUUUUUUUUUACUUUUAGCAAACAAGUUCCUGAAUGACGUAGUGGAUUGACAUCGGUCCAUUUCACAACAUGACAUCAACAAGCACGCAAAACGUUUCAAAAAUUAAACUUCAAGUUUUAAAAUGCAUUGGGACUGCCACACUAUGGAUUUUCCUUUUAUUUUUAUUGAAUUGACUUUUCUAGAAAUAUUAUUUUUCCUUUGUAAAAGGCUCUUUCUGGUAUCUGAAAAGAUGAGCAGAUCAGUAUACAUACUAAAAGCCUCCAACUCUGGAAAUUUGGUAAUGUAUAAGACUCAAGAUGAAAAAAGCCACAGGUGCCCCCAUUGCUCUCUUUUGUUUAUACCAACUUUCCACAACCUCUAGGACUCUGCCUGCGACUGAGGUGUUGAUAGUUAUCCUAAAAAUCCAGUACUGUAAUCUCAUUGAAAGAUGGCAACUGCUUUUUCUUUUUACCUUGUGACCCAGCUCCUGUUCUCAACUACAGCCUACACAACCAGUUUCUCUGUUACUCUGGGUUUGGCUUCACCAAAAAGACAACUGCAGUUUUUCACUACUUGAUCACCUUUUCUUUCAGGAGGGGAGUUGAAGGAAGGGGUCAUGCUUAUUCAUCUAACAUUAAAAAGUCCCUGUUAUUGAUAACGUUGUAUUUGCUAUAUUUGGUGCUACAAUGGUCUCAACAAAUUUUAAACUGCUGUAUGUAUAAGAAUGUAUGUUUUACAGUCAAUGUAAAUGUUGAAAUAUAUUUUAUAAUAUAUCCUAUUAUGUGUGAAUGGGAAGGGCCAGGGCAUUUAAUAUUGCACUGUGCAAAUGAGGUUCCCCUUUUGUAUUUGUUGUUUUUUUUUUGAACAUCAAAAUAUCAAAAAGAAUUGUUGAAGAUUCGUCUAGUUGGCACAGAUAACCCUAAUCCAUGGGGAUGGGUGGGGGGUUAAGAAAUAACCCAUUUAAAUGGUAAAUGUUAAAAGUAACCUGCUGCAUUGUAUAUAAUUAUAAAGCUUGUUUGUUCUAAGCGUUCCUCAAUGAAAAUUUUGUAGGACUCAUUUCCAUUUGUGAAUAAAGUGUGGAAUGCGUAAAAGUU